GGGCGCUCGCGCGGCGGCGGGCCCUUAGCCGGCGUGGCCAGCGACGACAGCGCGGUGCCGCCGCCCGGGGGAGCCCCCCACUUCGGGCACUACCGCGGCGCGGGCACCGGCGGAGGCGGCGGCGGCGGCGGGGGCAGCUCGGCGAUGGGGCUGCGCAGCCGCUCCGUCAGCUCCGUGGCCGGCGUGGGCGUGGGGAUGGGCGGCGUGGAGCCGGCCGGCGCCGGCAGCGUCCCCUUCGGCCUCUACGCGGCGGCGGCGGCGGCGGCCAGCACCACGGCGGCUUCGGCUUCGGCGGCGGCGGCGGCGGCUUCGGCGGGCGACUCGGAGCGGGGUCCAGGCGGCGGGUCGGGCGCGGACUCCACCCCUUACGCCCAUGGCAACGGUUACCAGGAGACGGGAGGCGGUCACCACAGAGACGGGAUGCUGUACCUGGGCUCGAGGGCCUCGCUGGCCGAUGCUCUACCUCUGCACCUCGGACCCCGGUGGUUCAGUUCGCACAGCGGUUUCAAGUGCCCCGUUUGCUCCAAAUCAGUGGCUUCCGAUGAAAUGGAAAUGCACUUUAUCAUGUGUCUGAGCAAACCCCGUCUCUCCUACAAUGACGACGUGCUAACAAAGGAUUCGGGCGAAUGUGUCAUUUGCCUGGAGGAACUUCUGCAAGGAGACACGAUAGCCCGGCUGCCGUGCCUCUGCAUUUAUCACAAGAGCUGUAUAGAUUCCUGGUUUGAAGUCAACAGAUCCUGCCCAGAACACCCGUCAGAUUGACCGCAGGAUCACACCCGGACCUCUUUCCAGGAGAUUUCACCAUCCAUCCUUC